AUGGGUAUUACUACCAUCACCGCAACACGAUUCCUGGACGGACAACAGAAGGGAAACACGGGAGAGGAGAAUAUUUUGAGCUGGGAAGAAUUUCCGUGGUCAGCUCUUGCUAAAACGUACACAGUUGAUCAACAGGGAACAGACUCUGCGAGCUCCGCGACAGCAUUCCUUACCGGAAUAAAAACCGAUAACGGUAAGUCUAAACCUUAGCCCCACCUCCAAAAGAUGACUAAACUUGUAUCGCCGCCAAAAAGAAGGCUUCUGUAAAGGCUCGAUGCGGAACUUCAAUGACAUGGGACAAGCCUAAUGCUAAUGACUGAGAACGAUAGAUUUUGUUUAUUAGUAUUAGGAUCAUCAAAUUUGACAGAAAUUGGACGUUCGACCUAAGCCUAAGAAACUGCUCGAGGCCUUCUUUUAAAUCGAUAUAAGUAGAAAUAUUUUGGAUUGUGAAAGCAAGCCAGAAAAAAAAAAGAAGAAAAGAACAAAAUUAGCGAUUAGAAGUAUCAAACGUCAAUAAAAGGACAAAAAUAUCGUUUUCGGGUCUUUAGGUUUUGCUGACUGGUUUGUGGGACCCAAAAAAAGACGCGCCAAAAUUGUUUUAAAUAAACUGAUCAGUGAAAACGCCGUGAAACGGGUACAUGGACGUUGCUCUCUCCUGAUUAUGGGCUCCUGACAUUUGCCACUAGUGGGAGUGACAGGUUUAUUAUACUAUAAUUAUACUUCUGAAAUUUUUUAAUUGCUUGCUCGGUAGCCAACAUUUUUAAGUGGCCGAUGAGGUGUGUCCUUCAUUCUCUGGCUGAUUAAAUUUCAGAUUCUUAAAAGAUCUCGUCAAAACUGCAACAACUUUGGCAUUGUAACAAACUGAGCAAAUAAUGCGCGUAAUGUUCGUUUAGCCAAGUUCUUGCACCGUAUUAUUUUUGAUGUUGCACAUUUUCGUGUUGUCAUUGUUGCCUCCCUAAAUGUUUGUCAGGUGUUGUCGGUGUGGACUCCGAUAUUACAAGAUUCUACUGCUCUUCAUCAACCGAACAGAGAAAAGCUGUCUCCAUUCUCACGCUUGCUGAGAGGGCUGGAAUGUCAACGGGAAUCGUGACCACCACGCGAGUUACACACGCAACUCCUGCGUGUUCAUAUGCUCACGCAGCAGACCGCAACUGGGAAAGUGACGCUGAUAUAAAGGAAAGAGCAAAGGAUGAUGGGUCCAAGUGCAAGGACAUAGGUAUUGUUUAAUAAUGUCGUUUUCCUUUAUAAAUGGAGGCCUCCUCUUGUAAUUUUCUUUGCUUACCCCGCUAACCGGAAGCGGAAUACUUUUAAAGUUCUCGAGAAGGUUCAAAUGAAGGGUUCAUCGGGGAAGUAAAGCAGCAGAAAUUGGUUUAUCAACUUAGUUUUAAGUCAUUGCACUACCGUAAAAACAUUCAACCUUUUCACCGUGAUCAUUGAAAACGCAAUUUUGUGACUGAAUCUUCCCAAGUCAGCCCACAAUAGGCCGCAAAUGACCUGCUCAUCACUAGAGUUUUUAGCAGCCAAGUGGUUAUAUUAGAGCAUCCGACUAGUGUCUGGAAGGUCAUGGGUUCAUUCUUGUUAGUAGACAAUCUAGGAGUUUAAAUGGGUAACUGUAUUCUAGAAAAGUUCUAGUUUCUUGUCUCUGUCGUUAUAAGCGGGGAGUCUGUCAGAUUUAUAUUAACUUGAGAUCAAUCGAAGUUUUUCUUUUUCGCUGUCCCUUCCCCUUCCCUCUUCUUCCCUUUUCUCGCUCUUGCUCCAACUUUCUUAAAGAACUCGUAAGGCGGGAAAAUAAACGCUUUCUACGCAGGUUACUGAAUAGUCUCAAAUCCUCAUCAGGAUUUGGCGGUAUUCACGGCAGUUCGGUAUAGAGAACGCGAUUUAUGCGAAUCUCCCAGCUUCGUUCGUGGUGUCGGCAUCUAUAUAUAAGCGCCUCGUUUAUGCAAUCUUUUCAUCUCCUUCUCAGUCUACCUCCUGAUCUUGUCCUUUCAGUACAACCUUUUCUAAAGUUUCGUGUCUCUUAAUGUGUCCAAAGAACUUGAGUUUCCGCCCAAUGACGGUGUUCAACAACCAUCCUUCUGGGGCUUAAAGCUCAUUUGUAAUGGAAGCAAUCGUCCUUUUCUGAGUUUAGGGCACGCGCAAAAUUUUUCUGUAGCAUUUAUACUCGAAGGCUGUAUAUACUUCGCAUCAUACUGUUUGAUUAUCCACGACUCGCAUCCGUACGUGGUUGUUGCAAAUAUUCCUACAACCUAUUUUCAAAAAAUGGACGCUUCUUUCCCUAAAACCUAUGGACAACUAGCAUUGGUCCUCACCGUUUUUUCAGCUACAUUUCGAAACUUUUUUGUGGGGCGGACACCUCUUUCGAUGAACACUCAUGCAAUGCCAGUCCCACCCUGCGGUGUCCAUAGGAAGCUUAAGUAACAACGACGGCGACGGUGACGGCUACGAAAACGUCACUUUAAAAAGUGAAUUCACGCUGCCUCAAACUUUAUCGCACUUAUUCCCUCUCGUUUAAUGUUGGCACAUUUUUUUGGAGUUGAAUUCUAAAGGACUGCAUCAAAGUUCAAGAAAACAAAAAGGAAGUUGUUGUCUUGUGUUUCCGUCCUCGACAAAACGUAAAAUUUGACACUUUCACGUUGUAGUCGUGUGGACCAAGACCAAAUAGAAAGUCUAUUCUUGUAAAUUCGAUUUGGACAACCUAUCGUGUCUGAAAAUUACUCACAAAACUUUACGUAUAAUACAGCCUUACAACUUGUUGAGUAUCCCCAUGGAGAUGGAAUGGAAGUUGUCUUCGCUGGAGGCCGGAGAAAACUUAUGCAUAAGAAUCAGACAGAUCCAGAAUACCCGGAUAAGAGAGGAGAGAGACUAGAUGGCAGAGACCUGAUUCAAGAGUGGGUUGGUAGACACCCAAAUUCAAAGUACGUUUGGAACAAAAUUGAGUUUGAUCAAAUUGAUGGGGAGAAAGUCGAUCACGUAAUUGGUACGUAUAAUUAUUAAGUCGGCAAUAUAGUUAUACUGAAAGUUUUAGCUUUUCUUUAACCCUUUAAGCCCUAAGAGUGAUCAGCAUCAAUUUUCUCCUUGUAAUAUCAAUGCUUUGUAAAACAGCGUGGUCGUGAGAAUUAAGGACAUGAUCACACAAGAUGAAUAUAAUUGAUACUUCAACAAAUUCUCCCCAGUACUUCUAUUGAAAAUGUAUAGGGAUAACACAUGAGAAUUUGAAUUUUGAUGGUAGGGUUUAAAGGGUUAAAUCAAAGGAAGUGAAGGAAAGUGAAUGAAAUGAUUGUGACUGAUGUUAAGUUUCUGUACACGUCUCUGGGCUGGGGAUUCGCUAGAUCGUAACAGGGCCAGCAAGACAUACUGGUAGCCUCUAGAUAGAACUUUUAUGGCGGAAGAGCCCCUAAGGGGGAUCUAUGCAGUAAAGUGUGUGUGUGUGUAUGUAAAUACUUGUAUUCUGGGUAGAACGUAUUUCGUAGAGUGCUCAAUUCAUUUAAUUGAAGAGCAUUGACUAUUAAAAACUUAUCAGAAGUUCAGGAUUCAGGAGUAAUCAUCGAUCGUUUAUUGCGACAGUGCUGUUUCGUAUGGUCCGAAAUUAUAGGACCACACUCCGAUUAUCAGGCAACUUCAACGAUUCCGAUAAUUUCGGGCCAUACGAAACAGCACCGUCGCAAUAAACGAUCGAUGUGAGUAUGUAGUGGUUCCCUACCGCUUUUGACGUAGCUUUGACGUAGUCCUUUUGCGAGUUUUGCUUUUGAAAAUGGCCCUUAACUUCAAACGAAUUUGUUUUUCUGACUUGUUUAGUUCAGUACACCUCGCAUUAGAAUCUAAACUAGCCAGCGAUCCUUUGAACCUUGUGGCUGGUUUCAAUUCAAUUGUUGAUGAGCACAGCUGUAAUUAAUUAAGGGAAAAUCAACGGUUGACUGGUUUGAAGUAAGUCUUCACCGUGCCUCUAUCAACUUUAAAAGAGAUUUAACAACGCAUUGGGUUAUUUCCCAUCUCACCACCAACUAGAAUCACUAAUAUAACUUUCAUUCAUUAUACCCUGUAUUGUCUCGCAUUAUAAAUUCAACGUUUCUAAACUACCUAAAGAAAGAGUUAUUGCCAUUCUCUCCAACUCCUAGGAGGACAAGAGACAUCUUAAAGUGGUGAUAUAAGGAACAGUUACUAAAAAGGAUUCCUUUCAUGAGUGUAGCUAGCCAGCCACCCAUUGUCCUGUUUCGUGUUUUUAAGGACUUUUUGAGUACUCUAACAUGCAAUAUGAAGUGGAGCGAGCUGCUGACAAGGCCGGUGAACCGUCCAUUGCAGAAAUGACCGAGAAAGCCAUUCAAAUACUGCAGAAGAACCCCAAAGGUUUCUUCCUGUUAGUUGAAGGUUAGUUAGCAAGUGGGAAAUUCCCUGCGUUAUUUUCGCCCUUGGUCUCAAUGAUCAGAACUUAUCAAACUAAACUUGUCGCUGUUGUUGUGGUGGUUUAAGGAAAGAAUUUCGCCGAAUCCAAGAAAGUCGCUUUUUUCUCAUGACUAUUGGGGAACCACGUCCUGCCUUUUUUUAAGUACAAUGAAACCCCUCCUUACGACCACCCCGUUUAUACGACUACCUCGUUAUUACGACCAAAUGCUUUCGACCCAAGUGUAAAAAUCACUAAAUCUUUUAAUUAUUUUGAAGACCCCGUUAAUGCGAACACCUCGUUAUUGCGACCAGAAUUUAAUGGCCCAACGGUGGUCUCAUUUCAAAACGAGGUUCCACUAUCGAAGUUGUUACGUAAGUCCUUGGGUGGACUAGUUCGAGAGCACGGUCUCUAAAGAUGUAUGAGUGUGAUCGAGGGGAGAUUUUAACAGGAAGCUGUUUAUUUACUUAAGACUAUGUUAAUGAAAAAAUUUAUCGUAAAAAAGAAAAUAAAUGACAAAAUUGAACUCUUUAUGUCAAUUUACCCCUUCAGUUAGAAGAGUUUUGGUACAGACGCGCGAGUGAACUGUCCGCCCAGUGUUUUUCGGAUUGAGCAGUCUUAUAUUUUUAUUUUUUCUUGCGCAGAUUAGCUCUGUUACUUAUUUAAACGUCUAUUUCCAGUAACAACUUUCUUGGAAAUAUCCAACCCGAGUGAAAGAGGAAAAUCAAAUUGCGCUAUUAUGACGUUAAAACUCACAGCUGAUGAGGGCGCAAGGAAUGAAUCUAAAAAUGAAUGCUUCCGUCUUGUUUUUUUUCUUUUUUUUGGCCAGGAGGUCGUAUUGAUCACGGACAUCACGAUGGCAAGGCUGUAAAAGCUCUCAACGAGGCAGUUGCCAUGAAUAAAGCAGUUACUAAGGCAUUGCAAAUGGUGAACAAAGGUAAAAUCACCCCUUUAAUUGCCAUUUACCUCUUUUUCAAAGGUAAAAUCACCCACUAUAUCGCGCUAUUGAUUGAAAGCAUCUACAUUUUGACUUCAACACAAGCGGUGGCUGUGACAAAUCUUCACUUGUUAACCAGUCAUAUAAACAGGUUUCAUGGAAAUUUUUCCGGCUUUCUCUCACUCACUUAGACUCUCAAUAGCGGUCAUUUACUGUACCAACCGGUAGCCAACCAGUACCUCCUGGCCUUUAUUUCCAAGUUAAUAUCUGGGCUUCUUGCUGUAGUAACACAAAAACGGGAUUUCUUACAUUAAUGCGUUAUAAAGACUUUUAUUAAAAACUGAAUCACUGGAUAAUGCAAUUCUGAUUGGCUUAGCCAUCAUGGUAUAGGAGCCAUUAUACCAUGCUCUCCAAAUAUGGUAACAGUACUUGCGUCUGUUCAAAAUUAAAAACAAGCUGAAAAUCGGUUGUUUUUACAAAUAAAUUCUGGAUGAAUUCUCGAUAUUUUGUGGGCGUUUUUAAUAAUUAAGACAAUUAUUCCACUCGCGCUUGUUGGAUAUGAGAUUAUUAUAGCCAACUCAUAUCCAACGUGCACUGGUGGAAUAAUUGUUAAAUAAUAUAAUUCAUUAUAAAGCAAGCUAUAUGGUAUAUUGUUUUCCCGUGGAUUGUUCUCUUAUCACGCACGAUUCUAGAAGACUCUGGUUUUAAAUUCAGUCCUUACAACUGUAGUCUAACAUUCUGUCAUGUAUCUGUCCCUUUUGUUUCCCGGAAGUAGGGAGGUUUGACUUUUUAAUUAAAUAUUUGAAAUCCGGUACACAUUUUUCAUAGUCUUUUUAAACUAGACUACGAGUAUUUCCCCAUUUUUCCUCAGGGAUAGUAGAGCGAGCGAAACGCAAGCUCGUGUGAAAAUUUCCCCGCCGCGUGUCGCCUUUUCUCGCGUGGGGUGAUUUUCACGCGUGCUUGCGUCUCGCUCGCUCUACUGUCCCUGAGGAAAAAUGGGGUACUACUCGUAGUCUAUUUUACACAGCACUGUUGAAAGGCAGAGUUGCUAACCAUGUAAACUUUAACUUGAAUUUCAGACGAAACCCUUGUAACCGUAACUGCUGACCACUCUCACGUCUUCACCAUCGGCGGAUACCCAAAACGUGGGAACCCUGUGUUUGGUAUAAUAAAACAAGUAGACGAUAGCUUAGCUUUGGACACAAAGAACAGAACAUACACUACCCUUGGUUAUGCUAACGGGCCAGGUGGCCUGAAAGGAUCCCGUCCAGACCUACGCAAUGUGGACACUGCUGACAAAGACUUUCUUCAGCAGGCUACAGUUCUUGUCAACUAUGAAAGUCAUGGAUCAGAAGAUGUUGGUAAGAAGUUGGGCUGAGAUUAUGCAGGAGACCAUCACCUCAAUAAGUGUCAUAAUACGUAAUACUUGUUUACUGUUACGCAGAUUAUGUUGAGAUUUGAUUUCCGUAAUUUUUUUCCCUCUCCAAUUGGAGUAUCUUCCUUUGCAAAGUUAUGAUGACUCUAAACUCGGAUAUGAAUGAUGAUAAAUGAAUUGAACAGCGUUCGCUUUUCGUUUUGUAGUAUUUUUUCCUUUUCGUUCCAAAGCCGAUGCAAAAGAAUACUUCCCGCGGCUCAAUCCUCAAUCCUCAAUAUUUUGCUGCACUUAGAGGCUUUUUUAUCGUGACAUGUGCUUUCGUCCACCCCUCGGAAAUGACAUUCCGCUGUUUUCCUAUUUGCAGGCGUGUUCGCGGACGGACCUGGGGCCUACCUAUUCCAUGGUGUAGUGGAACAGCAGUACGUAUUUCACGUGAUGGAUUACGCCUUAUGUCUCAGCGAGAGCAAGCAGAAAUCAUGUGAGAAGCACGUGAAUAGAGAAGGGAAGCCUAAGAGCAAAAGUGGAGCGUUACCUUUGUCUGUCCCUUCGCUCUAUUCUUUGCUAUUGAUUGCGCUGCUGUUUCUGUAGCUCCGGACCCAAAUAAUCUCGGAAAACAACUUUGAUAAGAUUACAUCUAGUCUGCAGUGAUUCAGAUUAAUUACAAAACAAAAUUAAUGAUCGAAUCACAUCUAUCUUUAUCACAUCAAUUAAGACGGGUCUAAACGAUAGAAACAUGUAUCUCUUCAGUUCCAGUUUCUAUUUCUUUCUUUUUUUUUUUGUAUUUCCUUUAUUCUUUGUUUGAAGAUAUUGGCUGGUGAUAACAACAUUAUAUUUUUUAACUUGAGCUUGAGGAGAAUAAAAUCUACGACUAGCGUCUUUCGUGGCACGGAAUAAGCAAAGAUCACGUUUCUCCUUAAACCUUGUUAUCCUUUCGUUUUCACACGCUACGAUUUAAACCAAGUAAUCCCUUCCAUGUACAAGCGUCAUAAGGAGAAAGACAGAGAACGAAACGCCCAGUCUAGCCCUUAGGAUAUGUGAAUUUUACCACUGAAAGAUCUUUUAAGACCGUUUGAAUUACUGAAUCAGAAGUUGGCUUCCGGAGGAGUCAGCAAACUUUGAUUCAGCGUUGUCAAGAGAGGAGCAGAAAAAAGGGAGGGUUGGACCAAAUAACGAUUAAAAUUAUCUUCAGUUAAACCAGUAAUAAUUUGAAAUUAGGCCAGUUACUGUAGUGCAUUCGACAGGGGGGUGAUAAGCCAAGGGGGAUCGAGUGAGAGGUGGAGGUACUGAAUGGGGUGUAAGGAGUGGCAAAUAUGAUAUUAUGUUUUCAUCUUCUCUUCAUAUUUUUUGUCCGUUUUUCAUUCACAAACUACAAUCAAAUCUCCUUGCAUGCAGAAAAUGAAUGACAUUACUGGUGAAGAUGAUGAUGAAACUUGACGUGUUUGCAAGAUUGAUCAAUUAAAAUACAAAAACGGAAACGCAACUUUUCGUAAUCGCUCCUCAAGGUGGCUAAACUAUAAAACAUCUGGGGAAAAGGUUUUGCAAACGGGAUCAAACUUUUGAAAAAACCUGACGUCACGAUAAUUAUGUAAUUUCAGCGUGUUUUAUUUUCAAAUUUAUGUAGAUUAGCGAGGACAAUUGGACAAAAUAAUAGGAAGCUUGCAGCAGGAACUUGCUUUAAGUACUAGAAAAAGCUUCCUGUAAGAUCGAAGAGAUCCUUAUAAGAAACUUUAAUUAUUAGAAACAACAAAGAGACUGAAAACACCGUCCCUCAUAGUAAAAGGAAAUCAAUCUGUAUUUGAGUCUGCUUUCGCAAAGAGGAUCACGAAGAGAUGGCGAUAGAAAUGGAAAGAAGGAAAAACGUUUCACAUUCGGUCUUAUUAUAGAGUUACAAAGUUAUUUUCUCGUAAUAAACCCUUCCUUUCAGCAUCAGUACGCGGCUGCGUAAGCCACAAAUAAGGAAAGCUUGAUCAAUCAUGACGAGAGCGUCUUUAACAUUUUGAUAUUGCUUGAAAAGGUCAGUUGUUACUGUGGUAACUCGAGUUCAACAUAAAAAUGUCUCAACGAGAAUAGUAGUACAGUAUGUUAUGUGUCACAAGCUUCAAAAAAUGAUACUUAUAAGCCUCCCUAUUUGCGAGUUUAAAAAAAAAAUUGUCACUUGAUUCGUGAUCUGUAGAACCCCCGCUCCAGACUCUGGAUAAGGAAACGAUCAACACAAACAAAUUCACUUAUGAGCUUUUCUAUUGCGUUGCAUGACGCAGUAGUUCGUCACAUUUAUUUGUGCAGUCGCAAAGCAAAUUAAACUGAAAUAAUCGUUAAACAUAACUCUUCUCCACUUCGUGCGGCUAUUUUAGCUUUUUAUUUCAUUGCAUGACGCAGCAGUUGGUCACGUUUAUUUGUGCAGUCGCAAAGCAAAUUAAACUGAAAUAAUCGUUAAACAUAACUCUUCUCCACUUCGUGCGGCUAUUGGCUUCAUUCGUCAAGAAUGAUAAUGAAUAAUUUGGCAAGCAAACACAAUCAGGUCUUGGGUCAGGCCACCAAAUAGGGGCUUUUCCGUAAUAUAUCUGUUCGCAGAAGUAAAAAUUGCCUAGAAUUUUCUAUAGCUUGAGGAAGGCUAAACAUUUCAGUUUUUCGCAUUUCAGAAUGCCAUUUUUCGCAGAAAAAAGGAAACCUAAAAUUUUCGAAUUGUAAAUUCGAAAAUACUCAAGUUCCCCUAGGAUGACCGAACAGAUACAAAUUUUAUAGCGCCGCUUAGAAUGCAUUUCUAGAGAUCUAAAAGUACUCUGGAUAGCCUAAAAAGUGUUUUCAAUGCAUUUAGGAGGAAACUGUUGUUGGGUGCCUCUGAUCAACUGAAACAAUCGCCUGUCAUGAAAGUAACAAAUCGUCUGACGCUCUUCAUACUACAAAUAAUGUCCUUUUUGCACCCAAUUAGAACAUGUUUUUUCUGUCACGUGUCUAACCUUAGAUAAACAUGCUUCAAACAAAAUAUGUAAACUAAUCUAUUUUCAAAAUCUUGCAUCUCUCUUCCAAGUCAGGCCAUCGGCCGGAGAAGCGAAACCGUGAACUGAAAAAUGGCGGUCGCAGGUCAUCUUCUCUGGAUUUGCUCCAUAUUUACCUUACUCUGUGCGUCAAAAGGUAAGAAAAAUAGAAGAUUUGGGGUCGAUUUAUUUGUUUCCCUCUUUGAAUAUUAAUGUUUCGUUGUAAGAAUCAAAACAAUUAAAAAUUCUAAUGGGCAAAUGCGACGGCUAUAAGAGUUUUUUUUUUUUUACCAUAGACUUUGACGUUAGCGUAGACUGCAAAUGAACCCACCCUUUGUAUAACACUAACGUUACUUUCUCAGAGUCUAACUAGGUACCUGGACUAUGCUAUUACGUAACUACUAGAGGUAACAGUUCUCUUUUUGUAGCAAUGCAAACUGUUAUAUGAUAGUAGAGCAAACAAAUUAAAUACAUGAGCGUGCAUUAAAACACGCAGCUUGCAGUACGAGGUUUGAGAAGACGAAACAUGUACUUCCUGAGGGAGGGUCAGUAAAUCUCUCGCUAUCUCUUGUGGCUCGUUAGAGGAAUUGGGGACUUUUUCAGUCUCCGUAAACCACCAGUCUGAGCCCAUCUUGUAUUUGCUCUUAAUUAUGAAUUGAUUUUCAUCUCUAGCUGGAAAGUUUUGAUUUUCGAUUGUUCAUAUAGCCGUCCCUCGAAAGAUGAUUACCAUUGUCGUGUAAUUUUUACCGUGCGUGCGCACGUAAAUUUUACGCGCGUUGCCGUAAACUAAAAUACAGGCAAUGUACAGAAGGUCGCGCUUAAACGUAAAAAGAUUGAACCUCGUUCUCCUGGCCCAAGUACGCGACCGACAGUGAAAAUAACAUUUAACAUUUUCUUCCGACGAAAUGUUGCAGCUGAAAGCAGCCCGCGAGUCUCAAUGUCUCGCACUCACUUUAGUGAACAUGUAAAACGGCAAAAGCAUAAGAGUUCUUUCUCUAAACUUGCGUGAGGAAAAUACAUUUAUCCGCGGCUUGAGUUUCCGUAAAGGUCAAUAUAAGGGCACUUCAAGAAUAAUGAUGAAACACAAUGUAUUCUACAUUUCCACGUCAAACUCUGAAAAACCUUCACGGGUCGAUAAUUAAAAUAGAUCUUUUUGUGACAAAAGCGUGUUAUACGCCUUUUUCGAUGCCAAACUGCUAACCGUAUCAAAGUGUUGUUGACCCCAUAAACAAUGCCAAGAAAUGAUAGAGCUCGUUUAUCUUCUUAAGAUAACCGAUCAUAACCCAAGGGGGGGGAGGGGCACUUCCUUAUGGGGAUGUGCCGCUGGAAUGGGAUCGCACAUUUUCGGAUUUUUGGGGUAUAAAAGUUCUUCAUAUUUCAGGUUAGCAAACGUACCAGAAUAUUUGUUCUGUAGGUGAAAAGUAAAGUGUUCUCCAUUCAAAUUCAUACUAAAAAUGGGUCAAUUCAUUUAAGGAUGACCUAUAAGGUAGAUACAUAAAUAGAAAGUGACUAAGAUGGGAUUGCAAAAAUUACAUAUUUGCCCAAACGUGACUAAGAUGGGGUCUACAAUUGGUCACAGAAUAGACUAUAAUGGGGUAGGGGCUCUGAGAGGCCAGCGGCACAUACCCAGCAAAAAUUAACUCUAGUACCCCCUCCGGACCUUCACCCAUUUCAGCAUAGAAAGAUUUUUCGUUUUGGAGAAAAAAAACUAUGACUCUUGUAACGAAUUUUUAAACCCAAGGCUAUAUAAACUUGAGAGUUUUAAACACAAAUAGACUAAUUUAGAGAUCCGCUUCAUUUAAACUCAAUUUUCAGUUACGAAUAGCCAAAAGUUUUAAGUACAGUAUCAGAGUGAAAUGAUUUCACUAUAUAUCACUUACGUUGUGCUAUUUGUCACCUAUCACGAUGACGCGACGAUAUAAACACUAUAUUCUUUUUGGGGAGCCAUCAUUCGACUAACGACAGCCAAUCCGAAGACAAUGUUUACAUGUGGUCUGAUCAGACUUUGUUCCGUAUUACUGGCAGCUAUUAAAGGGGCGUAAUUAAUAACUGCCAAGUCUUCCCUUCAUUUCAAUGCGGCUUAAGUGGGUGGGGGAAGGGGAGGUGUUAAACCGAUAGCAAAAACAACAAGCACAAGGAUAGGAGAAGUAAGCAGAUUUCUCCUUUUCUUGCGUUCUCGCUUGUUCUUGCCGAGCGUAAGCAGGACGCAGCAAAAACAGAGGGCGAUUUAUUAAGCCUAACUCCAGCUUCACUUGUGUAAGAGCGCCAAUCUCCCAUCUUGACACAAGACUGAGAAAACAAAAUGAAACUUCGUUAACAUUGUUUUCUAAGUCAAAGUUUCGAAAAGAAGAAUUUUUUCAAUACGCUGUAGGUCCAAAUACUCUCACUUUCAAAGCGAGGCUGUGCAAAACCUUUUUGUGAAAAUGAAUUUUAUUUGCAUGAGAGAAAAAAAAUUUUAAGGCCAUUUAUAUUAAAAUAAGACGCGUCUUACGUAAGACGCGUCUUAAAUAAGACGCGAGCUGUACCAUUUAUACGAGCAUGUCUUAUCUAAGACGAGAACAGCUCGUAUAAAUGGUUCGCGUCUUAUUUCUGUUCUUGACUCGUUUUCAUGUGAAUGCUGCCCGUAGCAACGGCAAUCCAACGUCUCGCGCCAAAAAUUAACGCAUGCGUACUAUGCGUUCGCGUCUCAUGUAAGACGCGAAGGUCAUUUAUACAAAGUUUUUCUCGUCUUAGCUAAGACGCUUCUUAUCUAAGAACAGGUGUUGAGGGCUGUUCUAAAAUAAGACGCGUCUUAGCUAAGCCGCGUCUUAUUUUAAAAAAAAAAUGUGCCGUUUAUACGGAAAGUUCGCGUCUUAUUGAAGACGCGUCCUAUGUAAUACGCGUCUUAUUUUUCCUCGUAUAAAUGGCACUAUUAUCUCCAUAUCAAUAUCUUUGCACUUAUCCUCGCUUUAAAGUAGAGGCUAGAGGCAACGUGGAAAUGGCCAAUCGCUUGCGUCACGUGAUCUCAAGGAUGAGAAAAUGGCACGCUAUAGAAAUAAAGAUAUUAUCACGUUUUGGCUUUUGUAAGGCUUCAUCCUUCAUUUAGGGAGGAUGGGAGUUUGCUGUUCCAUUUAUUCUGUCCAAGAUUGUAGUUUUAAGGCAAGUUGUCACCCGCCUUGAAAGAAACAUACUUGAUAGGGACGCAUACAGAAAUUUUCGUGUAAGUGAGUAACAUUACUAUAUUUCAAUCUAGCUGCUCAAAGAGAAGAACAGGGAUAUUUUGUUAUGUUUUGUUAUUUUUUCCGCAAAAGUCUCAGAAUCCCGGAGGCUAGGGUGAGGGGUGCGAGGAAGGUGCGCAUUUUAUCAACUGAUUUAUCCUUAUUUUAUUAACGCGAUCCUGAUCCAUGAUAAGUGUACUUCCACGAUCGGAUGUAUACACUACAAACAACCCACAGAUAACGACGGUCAAUAUCACAUUGUCAAGUGAACCUAGUAAAUUUACCAUAUUUUUUGCUUUUUAUGCGCUGGCCAGGGGAACUGAUACUCUAAAAGACAGCGGGCGUGUCCGGGUAGGAGUGUAACCUUAUCCAUAGACGAAAUCUCUUUCGUAGUACUUUUCAGUCAAUGAGGGGCAGUACUCAAGAGAUUUUUUGACAAGUAAAACUAUUAUUUAUAACAAGAAAUUUGGAUUUUUUUAAAUUUGCUUUACAACUCAUUUGGAAGUUAUAAGAUAAAAGAACUCAAGGCAAGUGAUCACAGGCAACCUCGUCCCCAGGGCUUUUCCCUCAAAAAAUGAGUGGGGCGGGAAAAGGCCCUGGCAUCGGCUGGUCACGUGUACAGCCUAAAUAUUCCUGAGAAGCUAAUUUAUAUGCAGCCCGCUAGUUUUUAGGCUCGAUUACCAGCCGCUGUUCGGGAAAAUGAGCCCGCACUCAUCCCUCCCUCUCUUCGGGGAGGAUCAAGACCGGACCCGGGAGACGGCGGAAAUCGAGCCUAGCUAGUUUUGCGCUGACAGAAGGGAGUAACAAUGGAAAAUAAUGACAUCGCGAACUAUGUCAAUAUUUUCGCGUGUGUGCGAUUCAAAAGCUUAAGAUCCAUUUAAUUGCGGAUUAUUCAAGUGCUACAAGUUUAUGAAAGGGCGUACCGGCUCUACGUUGUCACGUACAAAAUAUGUCAAAUGCUUCAGAGUUGAGACAAGCUGUUCUCGACUAUUAAUUCGUGACUGUGGAAUUAAGCGAUCAAGCGGAAAGUGAUUUUGUCCAAUUUCCAACAAAAAUGCGGGCCUUUGCCUCCAAGAUCUGCGGUGAAUUUAAACAAAUUGAACUUAAUUGAAAUGGCAUUGUUCAUCAAAACUGCUUUAUGGAGUCUGGUCUUCUCUACAACCCGACCAUGAAACGGGCAUGAAACAAACAAAUCUCCGCACCGGAAGCAAGUCAGCCCUCCAGCCAGGAACGAUGACAGGUCACCGAUCUGAAACAUUUGAAGACCUCUUAUAUCUUUUCUCUUCCGAGGAUAAGUACAAAGGAUUUUCCUUAUGUUAAAGAGAAGAUUGACUGAUCGAUUAGAAUCAACUACAGCUCUGUCGAUUUUAAAUGGACCCAAGCCUUUCUUGUUGCCAGUCGUUUGUUCGCAGAGGUCAAUGAAUUUUUCGGGUCAUACAGGAUAAGUCUACGCCAACGCGUGUCGCUAUGAUAUGGCUGAGAGUUAAGGUGAAUAGAACUAGGCUGUGUACGGCGGCCCACUUCGCCAGAAAUGAAAUAAAAUAUCAGAAGGGUCGAGAAAGCGGACUUUCCAGUACAACCUUUAUGCAUGUACGACCCGGGAUGUACGAUAGCUUGUUUGUCAUUUAUACCUCUCUAUAAACAGAAGUUUUACAAAUGUUACUCGCUCUCCCCCUCAUAGAAAUCGGAGGAAAGCAAAAAAUUACCAUAGCCAGUAUCUGUGACAAAAAGGAAACCUUGUAAAACUUUUCGUUAAUCGCCAAGAGAUAUAAAAGGUCGCCCAAGAUCGCGCGCUGUGAGGUUACGCAUAAUUGUAGCUUUUCACAUGGCGCUAAUUUAUUACACCCAGGAUUUUAGGGUGUACGAGGAGACACGUGACCAGCCGAUGCCAGGGCCUUUUCCCGCCCCACCCAUUUUUUGAGGGAAAAGCCCUGGGGAAGAGGUUGGAUCACAGGACAACUUAUCAGUGUCCGUGUCGUUUCAUCUUUCCAGGUGUCAAUGGUGACAUCUUUAGGAAUCAAGACAACAAUGAAUGGUACAAAGCUGGCGUAAAGCUUGUUGAGGACAACCUUAAGUUAAAACCAAACACCAACACCGCCAAGAGUGCUAUUUUGUUUCUCGGUGAUGGAAUGGGUAUCACUACCAUCACCGCGACACGAAUCCUCGACGGACAACAGAAGGGACACACGGGAGAGGAGAAUAUUCUGAGCUGGGAAGUGUUUCCGUGGUCAGCCCUCGCUAAAACGUACACAGUUGAUCAACAGGGGACAGAUUCUGCGAGCUCCGCGACAGCAUUUCUGAGCGGGAUAAAAACCGAUAACGGUAAGUUUAAACCUUAUCGGCACUUACCAAACUCAUAUUGGCGCCCAAAUAUUAGCCAGCCCCUUAAACCCUGGAAAUUGUCGGUUUUGCUGAAACUGUUACUUGUCCUAAGACUGUUGUAAUGCCUUUGCAUUACAUCAUUUGAUAAACGCACGAUGAAGUCAACAUCAAGAAACAACCCAAACUCGUUCCCCAUAUUAAUAACUGCCCAUUUUCUAUUUGAAGAAAUUCUCAACUUAAAUCUGGCGUUUGCGGUUUGCCGUAAACGUCACUCUUAAUCUCUUUAGUGAGAUGUUUUUGAGCGACACACGUCAACUGGAAGAGGGGCCUUUUCCCUUUUAACAUGCCUUGACACCACUAUUUGUAAUUGCUAAGUGUCUUUACUCCUAUAGAGACGAUUUGCCCGAAAAUUUGGGCGAGACCACUUCCCAAGAAUGCAAAAGGCUCCAGCUCACUAUUGUGGGACGCCCGGGGGGGGAGGAAAUGGGUAUUUUUGGGGUGGGUAUGUGCCGCCCGGGACUCCGAAUUGGCACCCCGUUCUAAAAAAAAUUUUCCUUAAAAUUGAUACCCCGUUCUAGAAAUGGGCCGAUUUUUUAUACCCCGUUCUAGAAUUCGCCCUAAAACUGAUACCCCGUUCUAGAAAUGGGCCAAUUUUUUAUACUCCUUUCUAGAGAGUUUGUAAAUUGGAAUAGCCCUGUUUUUUUAAAAGAUAUUUCUUUAUUUGUUCGACUUAUACGUCAAAUAAAUGCUUCUUCAUAAUCAGCAACAAUUUUAAGCAGAAGAUAAAGCCGUGAUCCACAAUUUUUUGUACCCCGUUCUAGAAAACGCCUCUGAAAUGGAUACCCCGUUCUAAAUCAGGAGCAUCAAAAUCACGACCCCGUUGGGCGGCACAUACCCGUAUAGGUAAUGUAUGGGAGUACCCCCCCCCCCCCGGGUGGUACGUAGCCAUAACAAGUGAGACAUGUGACCAAUACCGUGUGCAGUAUUUUGCACCAAACAAUCUUGAUUUUAGUGUCAUAAAUUUCUGUACGUUUUUUGUCAGAAUUCUAAAUUGCUCACGACCGCUACGUUCUUAAUUAUUGUCCAUAUAGCUGGUUCUGGAAAUUAUGAAUAUAUGAAAAUCAUGUAUGUGAACUGCGGAGUGAAGAAUUAUUUGAAGGAAGAUCAUCGCAGUUAUCUACGCAAAUAUGCAGUUGCGGAAAGAAAGCCUGAAAAAAGUUGCGCAGAUAACUGCGAUGAUCUUCCUUCAAAUAAUAGCUGGUUCUCUUCCUAUUUUUCUAAAAAUUUCCCUAGGCGUCAUGGGAGUAGAUUCCAGCAUUACGCGAUUUUACUGUUCUUCAUUAACCGAAAAGAGAAAAGCUGUCUCCAUUCUCACGCUUGCUGAGAAGGCUGGAAUGUCAACGGGAAUUGUCACCACCACAAGAGUUACACACGCGACUCCCGGAUGUGCGUAUGCUCACACAGCAGAUCGCAACUGGGAGAGUGACGCCGAUAUAAAGGAAAGAGCAAAGGAUGAUGGGUCCAAGUGCAAGGACAUAGGUAUUGUUUAAUUAAGUCGAUUUCUCUAUGAAUGGGGGCGUCCUCUUGUUAUUUAGUUGCCUACCACGUUGAAGUGAAGCAGAGUACUUUUAAACUUCACUGCGAGGAGGUUUAACUCAAUAGAUUUCCAUGCCCCACUCCGUCCCUCCAGAUGAGUGAUCGACUCUUACCCCCCUCCCCCCAAUGCCAGGUACUUGUUUUAGAGUUGUAAUUAGGUACUUGUAAUGUUGUAUUAGGUACUUGUAUUCGGUUGAUGUAUCCACUGUGAUUGGCCUCAAGUCAUUUGGACUGUAGAAGUGUAAUAUGUUAAUUUCAGUUUGGUUUCAAUUUGCGACUUAAGAUUGCCUUUUAUUCAUCUAUUUUUUUAAUAACGACUUUAUCCUAUUUUUGUUUCGAAUUUACAGCCUUACAAUUUGUUGAGUAUCCGUAUGGAGAUGGCAUCGAGGUUGUAUUUGCUGGAGGCCGCAGGGAACUCAUGACGCGGAAUCAGACAGAUCCUGAAUACCCGGAUAAAAAGGGAAGGAGACUGGACGGAAGAGAUCUGAUUAAAGAAUGGGUCGAUAAAUACCAGAAUUCGAAAUACGUCUGGAACAAAACUGAGUUUGAGAAGAUUGAUGCGGAGAAAGUUGAUCGUGUGUUGGGUAUGAGAGUUGUUAUAAGAUAGAAAAAAAAGAAGGAAAGAAAAAAUGAAGCCGCAUAUAUAAUUUUGUAUAAUUAAAUCUGGUAUACAGCUCAAUCAAAAAAGGUUGCUUUGGUAAAAAUGGUCAUUGGUAAUUG